AAAGUGUUCGAAAAAGAAAUUAUUAGCAAAAAAAAAUUUAGGGAUUAUUAUCUCAAAUUAUUUAAUUUAAUUUAUAACUCCAUAAUUCGUACUUAAAAUAUAUUGUACAAAAAAAUUCAUCACCAUCAUUAAUGUGACUCCCGUGAAAAUAUUUUUUUGGCAAAACAAAAAUUAAAUAAAAGAACUACCGAAAAAUGGGAAUGUAUGUUAAAUGGUCAUGGCUACUGUAUAUGGCAACUGCCAUGUGGUCGGCUCUUAUUAUAAACGAUUGGAAUAAUGAUUUCCAAAAUGGUAAUGUCCAAGAGUUUAUUAAUGAUUCAGUUGAAGAAACUAUCAAUGUUUCAAAAAUUCAACCACAACCAAUAAUGGAAAGUCAAGAAAUUAAAGAAGAGCCAAUAAUUCAAGAACCGUAUAAAUUAGUUAAAAAAACUAUUUUAAAAGAAGACUUAAAAUUUGUAGAACCAGUUUCGAUUGUAAAUGAUACACCAACAUCGAAUAUCUUAGACGAAAAACAUGAUGCAGUGGAAACUUCACCAUCGUUCGAAAUUAUCGAAGAUUUAAAUUUGAUUUUAAAUUUACUCGAUAGUUCGAAAACAUGGUGGAAUUUUAAUUGGUAUUGGAAUUGUAUAGCUUUUAUUGUGUUAACGCUUAUUUAUAUUGUUGGAAGAAUAAUUUGGAAAUAUGGACAAAAUAAAGUUCCGAAAAAAGAAGAAGAAGAACCAUCUGAGGAGAAACCAGCAGCAAUAAUAAAUAUUACCAGUUCAUUGACGCAACAAAAAAAAUUAAUCAGUAAAAUUCCCACUUACAAAUUUAAACAUUCCAUAUCUGAUAUGGCCGUAUCAUCUACAAAUCAUCAAACAAAUACCGGUGAAUUCGCCAAUUUAGAUACUUCAAAUCUUACGGAUGUCACAUUAAAAAAUAAUCACUUCAUACAAGAAAUUAAUGACUAUAAGAAAAAACUUAACGAUGAAGAAGAAAUGUGUUUUAAUUUACGCCAAGAAUUAAUUCAUAUUCAUGAUGACCAUGAACGCGACCGUGAGAAUUUAAAUCGCAAACUUGAAGCAGUCACAAUUGAAAAGAAAGAAUUGAGUAAACAAUUAGCAAGUGUCUUAAAAGAAAACCAAACUUUACGCACUGAUUUGGAUCAAAUUACAUUAUCCAGAGAUAAUACAACGCGGAAAUUGAGUCGUAUCAAAGAGGAAUUACGGAAAUCAACAAAAGAAAAAUGUAAUUUAAAUAAGCAAAUAAUUGUAAUGCGUAAACAAAAUGUUAGUUUACAUCAAACUUUGGAACGAUGUCGACGUGAAAUGAAACAACAUCAAGAAAAAGUUAGCGAAUUAGAACGAGAAAUAUUACAAUUAAAAACACGUUUACAAUGUGCAACGAUAAUAAAUAAAAGAAAUUCUACGAUGAAAGAACAUUCAGAAGACUUAUUAAAACCAACAAAAGGCAUGAGCCACAUGAAUACUGUAACUCCUGAAAAAUUGAGCCCAACAAAAUUAUCCAAAUUUGAUAUCUAUUCAGAUGUAAAAAGUCGUAUUAAGAAUUUAGAGAAUGAUAUUGUCAAUUGGGAAACCAAAAAUAGUGAUCAAAUAUUAAUAAGUGAUCAAAUCAUAAAAGCCCAACAAGAUGAUUUACAAAUAUCAGAAAUAUUUCAUACAUGUUGUGAUAAUUCAAAUGAUGAUAGCUCUGAGUAUGGUUUAACAACAGAUGCUGUUUAUUCGGAUCAUAUUGUUACAUUUUAUCGUGAAGAAGAGUUUCAAGCUGCAUUUACAGAUUCUACCUCCACGACUACAACAUCUGAUGAUGUUACAACAAAUGGAAAACGAAGUAAUUCAGAUGAAUUAAUUAAUAUUAAUGAUCCAGCAUUUGAAAUGAAUUUUAAUGAAGAGUAUAAUCGUUUAAUGGAGAAAUUCCAACAUUCUGAAACAUCAGAAUCAAAGGGCAUUAUUACGAAGCAAACAACGUUUUUAAAAAAAUAUUUCCAAGAUACAAGCAAUAUCCAAGACGGCUUCAACUAUUUCAGUAACGAUAUUGAAAGUAUAUUAAAUAACAAGAAUAACGGAGCGAUUUUGUCAAGUAAAAAAUGUUGUUUAUCCGUUCAUGUAUGCCCAGAAAAAUCGAAUAACAUAAACAAUAAUCAACAAGAUAAUAUAUUACAAAAUUCAUUGGCGUACAAACUAUUAUCAACUUUUGAUCCAUCUUGGCAAGCUGGACCCAAAAAUACACAGAAUUCUUCACCAAAAUCAUGUAGUGAUAAGUGUGAUGAUAAUAAUAGUGAUUUAUGUUCAUUAGAUUAGAAAAUGGAGGUUAAUAUAAUGGGUGAAUUAAGAUGUUUUUGGUUACUAAUGGUCGGAAUCAAAAUAUGAUACAUACUCAAAAUUACUAAAUUUUUGAAGCAUUGGACAACAGACCAGAAAAAACUGAUAUUUAUGUACAAUUAGUAUCUGCAAAUAAGUUUCAAGAAUGUAUAUAAGCCUCAAACAUUUUUCUACUCUUUUCUGAGUUUAAGCUGGAACAUACGUGUCUCCUCUU